UGGUGACGCUUCUUGGGCGUUCCCAUGGAAACAGGAGGGAGACUUGACUUAGCCGCUUCUGGAAUGUUUUCUUUAAAGUUACUCCCCUCGCAAGUUUGCAGCUUUUAACGCGCGGUAAAGUGUGUGGCUUGCGAAUUCCAGAAACAGUUUACACCAGAAGGUACAACUAACUAACUGACUUCACUGCAUGAAACGCUUUUAGUGUUAAAACGAGUGCAGGCAGGCCUUUUCUUGUAGUUUGCGAGCUAACCUGCUAAUCAGAAUGACCCAGCAAGGAGCUGCGCUGCAAACCUACAACAAUGAGCUUGUCAAAUGUAUAGAGGAGCUGUGCUCUAAAAGAGAAGAUCUAAAUCGGCUGAUCCAACAGGAGGAAGCAGAGAAAACUCGUCUUCAGCAUGACAUCCGUGUGCUGACAGAGAAGCUGAGUCGUGUGAACGAGAGCCUGGCACGCCGUCUCAGUGCCCGCGCUGACUUUGACCGCACCAUUGCAGAGACGGAGGCUGCUUACAUGAAGAUUCUUGAAAGCUCUCAGACACUGUUAAGCGUUUUGAAGAAGGAAACUGGGAAUCUGACCAAAGCCACUGAACCAAGAAGCAGCAAAGAUCAUUGAUAAAUACUGAAUUUUCCCAUUCACUCAGUCCUUUCAUUUGUCUAUAUUCCAUUCAUCUCCU